AUUUUGGCGCGCCCCCUGCGGUUCCUGCACGGCGAAGCCGUCACAGGACUUUGCAGCAUGACCAUUCCUCAAAACAGAGUAGGAUUGCCGAUCGCAACACCUCACCAUUUGUCCGUGAGUCGAGAUGAGAGGCGGCGUGCCCUCAGCGAGGUCUCACGACGUAGCAAUCCCAUCCCAGGCUAUACAGGCCAUUUGGAUGGUCAUAAAGUGGAGAACGUCUUUGGCGCAACUUUUGGAGAGGCACUCUUGGUCGGAGAAGCAGCCCGACAGCGGCGAGCACGGGGCUGCCUACCUGGAGAUCCGGUGCUCACCAACCGAAAAGCUCGGACUCAUAACUUCGACAACGGCUCCUUGAAUAGCACCGUGGGGAGCAAGCUCCAAAGGGAUGAGCCCAUGGCGCAGACCAUCUCUGUGUACCACAACCCUCGCGGCCACGGAAUUCGGGCGGGCGCCGCGGUUCCCGGCUAUGCUGGAUUCAUCCCCAGCAAGGUCGCCGGGAACUGCUUCGGAAAGCGAAUGGCCCUGGACAACCUCCACGCGACCGAGAUGCGAAAGGCCAACGAUGAGGGUGCAGAGUGGCGCACCAACUGGAUCGUUGCCAGCGAAACCAAUCGAAAAAGGCUAUCGCAUGGUGCCUAUGCAGUCAAAGAACAUUUCCAGUUCACGCGGGAUGCACCAAAGCGAGAGGCACCUGGUUGCACCUGGAAACUUUGGGAGCCUUCGACAGCUCAGCAAUGGAUCAGAUACUGACUCUGCGAAUGCUGAUCAGCCUGGUCCGGGCUUGUUAAUCUUAUAGAGAUUAAGAGCUCAUGGAUACAGAUUCGUGAGCAAAAUUACCAAAGCCUGACAGUGGCAUUUCAAACUUUGG